GAUUUCAUACCAAAGUCAUACCUAACAUUCCACUUACACUGUCAAACCAGGAUAAAUAUUAUUGAAAACGAUAAUGCGCCCAAAAAUUACGUAUCAAAAUGAGUAAGUUACCUUCGCUUUUGUCAGGAGGGGUGACUACCAAAUAAUAGCUGCUUGGAUCUGGACCACUUUCCUCUAAACUUGUUCUCCAGAAGAAUCAAGUGGUUAUAUACCCAAGAAUUGACAGACAGAGAAAAAUUGGAGGAAUACAUAACUCGACAUUUUACGCGCUGUUUUGCUGCACCCCAUAGAUCCUCUGACUGUGGGGCUCGGGGUCGGGCCCAGGGUGAGCCGCCACCAUUGCGUCCAACGAGUGGAGUGCCAACGGUAGCCCGGGGGAUGGGCUGGACGAGGGGAACGAUGAGCUGGACAAGGCCAUGGACGGGGACGCCGAGGGGGUGUGGAGCCCAGACAUAGAGCAAAGCUUCCAGGAGGCCCUGGCCAUCUACCCCCCCUGUGGACGGAGGAAAAUCAUCCUCUCAGACGAAGGCAAGAUGUACGGUCGCAAUGAGUUGAUAGCCAGGUACAUCAAGCUGAGGACAGGCAAAACCCGCACAAGAAAACAGGUAUCUAGUCACAUACAGGUGUUAGCACGGAAGAAAGUUCGAGAAUACCAAGCGGGUAUCAAGGUUUCUAGCCAUUUGCAAGUUCUCGCCCGGAGAAAAUCUCGCGAGAUCCAGUCAAAGCUGAAGGCCAUGAAUUUGGACCAGGCGUCUAAAGACAAGGCCCUCCAGAACAUGGCAGCACUGUCGUCUGCUCAGAUUGUGUCACCGAGCCUGAUCAAGAGCCAGCUACCCCCGCUGCCCCAUUCUCCCUACCCCCCGCAAGCCAGGUUUUGGCCAGGCCCUAUCCCAGGACAACCUGGCCCCUCUCAGGAUAUCAAACCUUUUGCACAGUCCCCAUACCCAAACCUACCAGGCCCUGCCCCCCCACCUAUAUCAACCUAUGAACCCUUGGCUCCCCCCCUCCCCCCGGCUGCUACGGCAGUGCCCGUGUGGCAGGACCGGACCAUCGCCUCCUCCAAGCUGCGGAUGCUAGAGUACUCUGCCUUUAUGGAGGUGCAGAGGGACCCUGACAACUACAGCAAACACUUGUUUGUCCACAUUGGUCAGACCAACCCCUCCUACAGCGACCCUCUGCUGGAGGCAGUGGACAUCAGGCAGAUCUACGACAAGUUCCCAGAGAAGAAAGGCGGACUCAAAGAGCUUUAUGAGAAAGGCCCCCAGAAUGCCUUUUUCCUAGUCAAAUUUUGGGCGGAUCUUAACAGCAGUGGCAUCCAGGAUGGCCCAGGCUCCUUCUAUGGAGUCAGUAGCCAGUACAGCAGCUCUGAGAACAUGACCAUCACCGUCUCCACCAAAGUCUGCUCAUUCGGCAAACAGGUGGUCGAGAAAGUGGAGACGGAGUACGCCCGAAUGGAAGGAGGGAAGUGUGUCUACAGGAUCCACCGCUCUCCCAUGUGCGAGUACAUGAUCAACUUCAUCCACAAGCUCAAACACCUGCCAGAAAAAUACAUGAUGAAUAGUGUUCUGGAAAACUUCACUAUACUUCAGGUGGUGACAAACCGUGACACUCAGGAGACCUUGCUGUGUAUAGCGUUUGUGUUUGAGGUCUCAACGAGUGAACACGGGGCACAGUACCACGUCUACAGGCUUGUCAAAGACUGACCCACCCACCCACCGUUCUGCAGGGAGGUUUGGGAAUCGGCUUCCAAAGUACUGCGUGACACAAUCUGUACAGUACACACAGACUGCUCAACUACCGAGAAACAUUCAAAACGACGUUAGAAUGAACUGACAUGAACAGAUUUUAUACUUCCACACAUGUUUUGGUAAAAUAGGAAAAAGGAUGAAGUCUCAACAGACAGGAAAGGCAACUUAUUAACCAUAUAUUUAAAUGUGCUAAGACAAAGUGGGUCAUAUUGGUAAUGACAAUAAAAUGUACAGUAGCGUGAGAUGUUUUCACUGAGGGAAUGAGAAGGUGUAACAAGGUUAAGAGAGUCGUCUCCAAGGGAACACACUCUAAGCAAUAUGGGAAUAAGUGUAUAGAUUGGAACGGUACAGCUACAAGGACCAUCGAAGAGGAGCAAACCCAAAAUAAUCAAAGUAGAACUUUCCUACCGAGUGGUGUUGAUAAAUUAGAUAGGACGUUAGCCAAGUGCCUUUCUCCAAAGACAAGUACUGAUUGAUUGCCAGCCUCUCUGGUAUGCCUUAUUUACUACCUCUUGUCUUUAAAUAAACAGAAAGAAACCACACAGGUGUGCAUGCAUCAAUUCAUUGCAAACUGAACAUUACUAUGCAGUUCACCCUUAUCUAGAUCCUUGAAGCACACUUCUUAUCCAGGCACAUUGUGUUAUGGACAGAGAUGGAUGAAACUCUUAUUCGUUUUCACUUGAUGUGUUGUCAUGAAUGGUUACAAGUUUGGCUGCAGUCCACAUGUACAGUAAGGGGAUAUAGCACGAUCAGAGCAUUCAGUUUCGAAACCCUUGGCUUAUUGGGUCUAGACAACAGCACAUCUAUGUGCUACGGUGCACUUAAAAUAUCAAGGAAGGGUGAAGCAACAAAUAUGUGUUUAUUUUCUGCCUUUAGUUCUGAUAUUGAAAGGAACUGUUUCUUUACUGUGAGUCAGUGGAUGCUACAGGAAUAUGUGUUACAUAGGAGUAUUUUGGGGACGUGUUUAUAUUUGUGAUUAACUUUAGCUCGGCACAGAGACUAUAGCUGUUCUCUUAGAGCGGAUUCAACACUGUUUUCUUAACAACAUGGCUUGAGAAUUCGCCCGAUUAGAACUUGCCAAAUUGUAACUGACCAAAUGUAAGGGUGAGUUCAACUAAUGUAAGAACUCCAGGUUUUCUUAUCCAAUCUCCCCAUUUGAGCAAUCCCAAUUGAUGGAUUUCACAUUUAGUCUGAUUGUAGGCCUACAUGAUGUAAGAGAAGUUUCUCUUUUGUAAAUGUAACCAAUAAAAACAAAAGCUAUCUCUUAUCUUAUGAGCUUAUCUCAAGAAAUUCUGCUCUUAAUUUGUCAAUGCCAUCGGCCAAUGAAAAACAGCUUUUAUGUUUCUAAAAAGACCUAUCCUCUCUGUGCUGUGGUGUGUGACCAUUGAUUGUUAUUUAUAUUGAAACUAAUGGUGGGAGGGCUGGGCUGGGCUGGGCUGAGCUAUGGGCCAUGUGUUUAUCCUUUGCCAUGGCAAUGGAGGUGUUACAAGUAUUGCUGAGCUAAACUUUAUACUAAAGACAAGAUAACUGUCAUCCCAUGGAUCUAGAUAGGGGAUGGUCUCUGCCUUGGAUGUUUCACUGGGCUUCUGUCAGAAGAAUUCAUACAUCAGACUUUGUAUGGUGGAUUUAGUACACCAGGAUUUGAAUGUCAUACUUCAAAAGCUAGACUUAAAAUUACUGCUUAAUCUUUACUAGCGGAUGUCUCAAUUGUACCUUUUUUUACAGGCCCUUGGUUUUUCUAUGAUCAUAAUUCAUAUUUUUGUUUGUCGUUUUAUUUUUUUGACUUUCAUAGGAAGCCAUAUGCAUCCGUUGAAAACGUGUUUUUGUUGACAUUGAUGAUGAGAUCUUAUGUAUCAUAAUCUGAAUGGUGUGGGAAAGUUUUUUUGGUUAAUAGGUGGUUUACUGUGGCCUUGGUUACCAAUUGUGCAUUGCAUUUUUGUAUGUUAUCUUCGAAGUAAGGGGGGUUGUAUUAUAUAAUCCAAUCAAAAAAUAUGUAUAAUCUAACAAUAAAAGACGCAUUGUGCCUUUGGGGCCAUUUCCCCCCAGAAAACCCAUUAAAACAUGUUUGUAAUUUGA